CAAGAUGACAAACUGAGAGGACUGAGCCCUUGUUCUGGCAUUCUCCCAGGAGGAUGCAGAAAAGGGGUUGACCCAAUAUACUGCAGAGAACUUCAUCCAGCUCCCUCCUCCAUCCUGAUCCCACGUGCCAGGAAGAUGGAGCCACGCUUGCUGAUGUUGGGGUUUCUCUCAUUAACCAUAGUACCCAGUUGUCGGGCAGAGCUGUGUCUCUAUGACCCACCCGAGGUCCCCAAUGCCACAUUCAAAGCCCUCUCCUACAAGAAUGGCACCAUCCUAAACUGUGAAUGCAAGAGAGGUUUCCGAAGACUAAAGGAACUGGUCUAUAUGCUUUGCUUAGGAAACUCCUGGAGCAGCAGCUGCCAGUGCACCAGCAACUCCCAUGACAAAUCAAGAGAGACAGUUACACCGCAACCUGAACACCAGACAGAGCAACAAACCAGAGAUGUGCAGAAAUCAACAGAGUCUAUGCACCAAGAGAACCUUACGGGUCACUGCAGGGAGCCCCCUCCUUGGGAACACGAAGAUUCCAAGAGAAUCUAUCAUUUCGUGGAAGGACAGAGAGUUCACUACGAGUGUAUUCCAGGAUACAAGGCUCUACAGAGAGGUCCUGCUUUCAGCAUCUGCAAGAUGAAGUGUGAGAAGACGGGGUGGACUCAGCCCCGGCUCACUUGUGUAGAUGAAAGAGAAUACCAUCAAUUUCUGGCGAGUGAAGAAUUUCAAGGAAGCAGAAAUUCUUUUCCUGAGAGUGACACUUCCUGUCCCAUCACCACCACAGACUUCCCACAACCCACAGAAACAACUGCAACUACAGAGACAUUUGUGCUCACAAUGGAGUAUCAGGUAGCAGUGGCUGGCUGCCUCUUCCUGCUCAUCAGCAUACUCCUCCUGAGCGGGCUCACCUGGCAGCACAGAUGGAGGAAGGGCAGAAGAACCAUCUAGCAAGCUAGAAAAGUCAGAGCCCAAGGCAAGCGGACGGGAAUCACAAAGCUCAAGUCAAAUCUGAGACGCCAAACAUUCACUCGACGGCCGUUUCCUUCUGAUCCCUGGGUUUCUAGCAUGUUCUGGAGUCACAGGACAUAACAGCACAUCAGGAAACAGCAACUCCAUCACUAAACUGGACUUCGCCAUUGAAGAAUAGGAUCUAACCACUUCAAUAUAGCAGUUCUAAAGCUUUAAUGGGAGAGAGAGCCCAACAAUGCUCUGUGUGUUUUGUGUUUGUGUAUAUAUGUUGAUGGGAGCUGAGGUGGUGUGGUCACUUUUCAUGUAACAUAUAGUAUAGAAAAGUAGCUUUAGGUUGAUUUCAUUGUUACAACCCAGUUUGGAAAGCCCAAGUAAAACCCUGCACUAAUGUAAAU